AUGUCUCCCAUUCCCGAGUCUCAUUACGGACGUGUGGAGGCCCUGAACCUGCCUCGCCUCAGCUGGGCCGCCUUUGCUGGCGACGCCGCCGCGGUGCGCCGGUGCCUGCAGGAGGGCGAGGAGAUCCACCAGACUGUGUCCCUGGUCAACCAGAACAAGCAGGAGGUGCACGGCAUCACCCCCCUCUACCUGGCGAGUCAUCACCCGGCUGGGUUCAGAGCAGCGGCCCAGAACGGCCACCUCGACGUGUGCCGUGAGCUCCUCAAUGCGGGUGCGGACGUGCUGCGCGGCUGCUCCAUCCCCGCGACCGGCGAGUCGUUUGGGCCCACCGACAUUGCCCUGAUUCACUUCCACCUGCGCACCUGGUGGCUGCUGAAUGAUGCAAAGGCCAAGCGCUGCAGCAAGCUUGCCGGGCGCCGCUCGAUGAAGCACGGGGCGCACCUGGCGCAGCCGCUGAUUGCGGAGGGGGCACAGCUCAGCAGCGGCGGCGCGCUGAUGAUCUGA